GAAUCCAUGUAAAAGUUUCGAUUUUUCUUUACUUUUUUCAAUCGAAUUCGCUUUUAUUGGGUUUAAAGUUUAGGGUUUUAGCGUUUGGAGUCUUUUUGUGAUUCGAGAGAUUGACUCUGAUUGUGUUUUACCUCUGAGUUUUUGUUGUUCGAAGAGCGACCAAACUGAUUUAAGAUCUCAAUUGUUUCUGCAGUUAAAUAAAGGAUCGUGCUUAGAAGAUGAGUGGUGUUGGAGAGAAAGUUUCUGGAACGACUAAGACACCUGCUGAUUUCCUCAAAUCCAUCCGUGGGAGACCCGUUGUUGUCAAGCUCAAUUCUGGUGUUGAUUAUCGAGGCAUUCUUACUUGUCUUGAUGGGUAUAUGAACAUAGCAAUGGAGCAGACAGAGGAGUAUGUAAACGGGCAGCUCAAGAACAAAUAUGGUGAUGCCUUUAUUCGUGGAAACAACGUUCUUUACAUCAGUACAGUAAAGAUGACUGUAGCGGACGGAGCCUAGGCCCAUCAUGAUACAUCAUCAGCAACAACAACAUCAGUGGUCAUGUUAUGGCUGCCAUUUUUGUUGUCUUCUUCUACCUAAUAUUAAAAAGAGCUUCUUGUAAUUGACAUGUACCAAGAAUGUUAUCCUAUGUUCAAUGGAUUUUUGGGAACAUCUGAAACAAAAUGAAGUCAGCAACCAAUU